ACCAGAUGACGCCCUCAACCAAUAACUAUUAACUAUUAUUCAACAUGCGCCGUUAAUGAGGCUUAUGUGCUUCCUAUAUUCUUUUCAAUGUUUACCGUAAUCAAUCCCGCCCUUAAUAAUUCUUACCAUCAUCGAAUUCUGCCACCGGCAAUUCUGGCCAUCAUCAAUUUUCUCAAACGGCAAUUCUGUCGUCGCCAAUUUCGCCAUCGUUAAUCUCUGCCAAGAUCAUUUUCCAUGGCAUUAUAAAGACUUAGAUUCAUUUUGUGUCAGAAAUUUGGUGGAGGCAAGCUCCCAAAAACUGAAAUAAUUAGCAAUAUUUUGUGACUAUCAAUUUCUGCAGAGAAUCGCACAAUUGAAAUGUAAUUCAGAAGAAAUUUGUCGUGGAGGAUUACCGUUCAUAGCGAGCUUGUCAUUAUGGGGAUUAUGGAAUGGCUUGUGGCAGCCAUCACAGCCUCGCUCUUCUGCGCUGCAGUUGGUGCUGACAUAUCGAGGUGUGACGACGGCUGGCGAUCGAUGAACGGACGAUGCGUUGCAAGUAGCACAGCCCUCGGACGCUUGGGCGGCGAGGGCUCCGCUGAGGGCUUCUUGGGCGCGCGAGGGAAGUGCGACCUGCAGGGAGCGUCGCUGCUCGUCAUCACGCUUGCUGAUAUACCGGAUCUUUUAGCCUCGAGUGAAACAGAUGACAAAGAAAUUUAUUACUGGAUUGGAGGCGUAGCAGACCAAGGGAAAUUGUCCAAAUAUUCCCAGACUGUAAAAGUUAGAGAAGAUCCUGACGACGCUGAUGACGGGCGCGAUCUGUGCUGGGCAGCAUGCUUCCGAAGCAUUAAUAAUUUCGUUGAACUGACGAAGGCUUCAUGUCAAAUGAAACUCAAUUUUUUAUGUGAACGGCGCUUUGAAACAGAUGAUUGCCGUGAAGCGUCCUGUGCACAGGGAUUGAAGCAGCGUGUGAGGAGAGAAGUUGGUCAAGAUCCGUUCAGGAAUGUUUUUAGCGAUCCACUUAACUUGGGUUUUGGGAGUAUAAAUGCCAUCAGGAAUCGUGUACCUAUUAGGUUCAACCCAGGAUCAUUCCAAUUUCCACCUCACUUGGCCCCUAUAACACCAAAUCCAAUGGGAAUUACAUUUCCAACUUUCAUAGGCAAGCUGCAUCCCCUCAUUGUUGUACCUGACCACCAAGGGGGAGUGGUUCAUAGACUGGACACCCUCUUCGCCAGCGACCGAGGUGACCGAAGUAACCUCAUAACAGUUCAACCUCCUGUCACUCCCCGUACAAAAAGCCCGUCAAAAGGUGACGAUAUGGACUACACUAGCAGUCCGCAGGCGGUAGAGAGUGGAAAGGUAGGCGCUGUAACACCAAGAUCUGAACGCAAGUUUAGUCUCAGGUUACCUGCUGGGGCGAUACCAAUCAUCCACGACCAGUACAACGGCGCUGCAAAUACAGUAAAUGUACGAACAAAUUUGUCGUUUGCCCUGCCUAGCGCCAGCACACAACAAGCAUUCGCACGAACAACUCGGACACUGGAAAUAGUCACACAACCAACGUUAGUGCAGUUCACCACAAAUAAUGUUAACCAGGCCAUCCGCGAUGCUUCUGACAAGAAUGCAAAAGGAUGCUUACGCAACGAUCAUCGGUUCUUCAAAGGUUCUUGCUACGCUCUCAUAGAAAAACUCGACUCGUUCAUGGGUGGCUUGCAGGCGUGCUUGAGCCUUUCAGCAUUGGGUCACAGCGUAGUUAUAAACGAUAAAGCUGAGGACGACUUCCUGCGGCCAUCGUACAUGGAUAAGAGAGCGAGCGUGUGGCUGGGGCUUCAAAGGAGAACAAGUAAUUCUAAUGCUCGUGAUGCUUUCUACUGGAUCGACAACACUCCAGUCACGUACUCCAACUGGGCCCUCCACGAACCUGCGAAGAUUAAGGACUGCGUGUACGCCUCAUUCUACAGCGGCCGGGGUCUCUGGUUCACCGAAGACUGCGACAAACCACUUUACAUGCUCUGUAAUUAUAUCUUUAUCUUGAUUAUGAUGUUGAGAAAUGAUGUUUCUUAG